AUGUUCCGGGCACCUGCUACCCGACAAGGCAACGUGUUGACCAAGACUGAAUGGCAGAGGAUUCAAAAUUCAUUCACUCAGGGUGAUAAAGACGUGGAGGGUCUGAGAGCAGCAGAGAACCAGAGGAAAGCCCUGCACCUGCGCUCAAAACAGAUGGUGAAAGAGUGGCCAGACACCAUCACUAAUCAAAGGAAAAAGAAGAUGGAGGCGAAGAAGAUCCGGGAACAGAUUAUGGAGGAGAAAAGGAGACAGUUGGAUAUAGAAGAGGAGGAAUACAAGGACCAACAACGUAAAGACAUCGUUGUGAAAGCCAAGGCUCAGCUCUUCAAUCAAACCAACCGAGUCCAAGGAUUACAUGGUGCCCUCUUGUUGGCAGAGGUGUUGAAGGAGAGGGCGGCUCAGAUUGAGAUGAAGAAAAUGCAGGCCUCUAAAGUUGUGACAAAAGAAUUUGUGAAUUUGGAUGAAAUCAAGGAGGAAAUUCGGAGGGAGGAGGAAGAGAACGCAGUCCGGAGGAAGCUUAAGCAACUGGCUUUUGCAGAGGACCUGGAAAAACAGGUGAAGGAAUUUGAGUUGGCUAAAGAGCGACGAGAGGAAGAGCACAGGAAGGAGGGAGAGGAAAGCCUUCGCCGUCAUCAGCUCUAUCUGGUGGAGAAGAGAAUGAAGGAAGAAAGACUAGAAGAGCAGAAGAGAAACCUGAAGCAAGCUAAUAUGGACCAUGUCACUAAAAGAGACAUCUUGAGAGCAGCAGAGGCCCAAAAACAGGCGGUUGAAGAGAAGCAGAGGAAACUGUUUCUCUCUGCGAAAGAAAUAGAGAUGGACUUAAAGAAAGAGAAAGAAAUGGAAUUGUUCAGAGAGGCCCAGAGAAGAAAAGACGUGUUCAUAAAGUUCAUGUCAGAACAACAGCAGCAGGAAACUGAUCUAGAGGAUCAGAGGAUCGCUAAGGCCAUCGCCGAAACGGAGGCUAAACGUGAGCAGAAGCUGAGGGAGGAGGAGGAGAACAGGAAUGCAUUGGUGGAGUCCAUCGCUGAACACAGACAUCUGCAGAUGCGCCGAAAGGAGAAGAGGGACAAAGAUGAAAAACAGUUGUGCAGCGACAUUCUUGAGGCCAAGAAAAAAGCUGAGAUGAUCUUUAUUGAGGAAGAAGCAGCGAAGGCUCAGAGGAUCAGAGGAAAGCUAAGAGAGAUCCGAGACUGCAAUUCAACACAACUGGCUGCAAAAAAUGCCAGGAAGCAGCAACUGAAACGGGAGAAAGAUGACUUUGAGGCAAAGAACAGAGAUAUCCUGGCUGAGGAAGAAAAGCAGUUUCUAAUCUAUUCACACAAGGUCAUCCAUGCAGCAGCAGAUGCUCAGCGAGACGUCUUUCCACUUUGCAAAGCUGCAAGCGAUAUGAUUGGAGGAGGGCUCGGUCCUAUUGUCGGGGGAAGCAGGCCCAGCUACAUGGUUCAGGAAUACACCGGUGUUCCGAUGCCCAUCAACGCUGGUCCUACCAAGGACAUUUAUGAGACAACAGAGUCCCGCAGCGCCAGUUCGGCUUACCCAAAGUGGCCCACUAGGCGGCUCGCAUUCCACGACCGGCUCCAAGCCAGCGAGCCUGGCUUCUUACCCAUUUAA